GGGGAGAUUAGAAAAGAAACACAAGGAAAAAUUGAGGAAUACAGAUAGAAUCACGCUAAGAUGAGAGAAGAUGGGGAGAAGGAAUUGGGUGUUGGCCUUGAAAGCAGUUAUCAAAGAAGAGCCAUCAAAGGUGUCCACUGCUUUUUUUUAUUUGUAAUCCCCUAACUACUCUGAGAAGUAAAAGAAGCCUAAGGGUCCUCACUGUUUUCAUACAAUCUGUAUGGCAGCCCAUCUAGCCUAGUCAUAAAGGACAUUUCCACUGCAGCACAAUGCCUGCUGGUAACACUGGCAGAUUCCAGGAGGGUUUACUAUCGCAAUAUACCGUAACAAUACGAUUCAUCGCCUGCUAGUUCAGUAAAUAGCCCUGUGUGUGUGUGUGUGUGUGUUUGUUUCAAUGUGGAGCCCCAGCCCAGGAGGCUCUUCCUUUAAUCUAAUGACAUCAUGGUUAUGUAGAGGGUAACCCAUGCUGUAUGGCCCCAGUCACUGGCAGCCAUCUCCCUCUCUCUAUAUACUGACACUGUGUGAGGGCUGACUGAGCCUCAUGGUAUUACAAUAUCCCCCCCCCCAAUGCUGCCCUGGGUCUCAGCACACAUUAUGUCACCCUCCUGGUUUUAAAGUCCCCCUUUCCCUCCCCACCCCCCUCGGUUGCCCGGUGACCCAGCUCAGGCGCACCAGGAAGUGCCGGCCCUUUAGCCGCGAUGCAUUGUGGGGAAAUCCACUCAGAUCCAAGAUGGCGGCCAGCAGGAGGCUGAUGAAGGUAAUGGGGGGGAAUAGGGCGGCUCUUUUAUUCGGGCGGCGGGGGUCCGCGUGUUGCUCAGCCCGUUCCUCGCCUCGGGCCGGCUCUCACCCGGGAUCUGACACCCGCUCACCCCGCGGGCGGGGCGCCCUCCGGGACUAGGCCGCAAAUCCCCGGACUAACCCCGCGCCGCCCGCCGAACCCGGCAACCCUUGGUCCCGUGGGCAGGAGGACGGCCGGGGAGCGGUGACUGUCCGCCUGGUAUCAUAAUGGGGGAGGGGGGCCGUGUGUGAACAGCUCCGGCCCGCUGUGAGUGGGGGCCACGGAGGGAUUUAAUGUCGGUGCAGGAGCUGCAGGUCAGCAAUAACUAGAACAGCCAUCCUGCUUCCUGCCCCCCCUGUCCCUGGGCUGGCAGGACCCCCUAUCCACGGACUGGCAGGACCCCCUAUCCACGGACUGGCAGGACCCCCUAUCCACGGGGCAGGACCCCCCUAUCCACGGGCUGGCCCCCCUAUCCACGGACUGGCAGGACCCCUAUCCCUGGGCUGGCAGGACCUCCCCCCCCCUAUCCCCAGGAUUGGCAGGAUCCCCUCCCUAUCCACGGACUGGCAGGACCCCCCUCCCCUAUCCACGGACUGGCAGGACUAUCCACGGACUGGCAGGACCCCCCCCCUCCCCUAUCCACGGACUGGCAGGACCCCCCCCUCCCUAUCCACGGACUGGCGGGACCCCCCUCCCCUAUCCACGGACUGGCAGGACCCCCCCCUCCUAUCCACGGACUGGCAGGACCCCUCCCUAUCCACGGAUUGGCAGGACCCCCCUCCCUAUCCACGGACUGGCAGGACCCCCUAUCCACGGACUGGCAGGGAGGGCACUGGGCGGCUGUAUUGUUCGCUGGAGAGUGAAUGGGAGCUCUCUGGGCGUGCAGUCACUGCAAUCUGGCUCUGGGUGGAUAUUUCCUGGUGACAAACCUUCAUUAUAAUAUGCAGUUUCGGCUUCCUCAUUGAAACCCGGCUCUGUGUUCAUAGUAUCGGGUUAUUCGGGGGUAUUAUCUGCCAAUCCAUGGUCGGGGGGAUGUGUGGCACUUUAUAUUGAUAUAAUUUGAUACCCCUAGUAAGAUAACUUCUUAUGAAGGCAAUUAAAGUAGUGGAUGACUGAGUGUUUUAUACCAGUUACUCCGGUUUAGCUUUUAUGUGCCUUAAAGUGUGUGAGCGGUGAUCUGUAAUACUGCUCCAAUACAGGGAACCGAAUUUAAUUGAUGUGUAAUGUUAGAUUCCUUGUAGUUUUGUUGUGAUGGCUCUCAUUGUCUAUUUUCUUUACCGGGCGAUCUCCUGCUGGUAAUCUUGACACCACUUCCUGGAUCACACUACUGCUUUAAUGUUUUACCCAUCACAUACUCAUUCCUAGAUGUUAACUCCCCCAUCCACUAUCUCCUUUUACAAAUAGUUAAGCCAGUCCUUUUACUGACAAUGGCUCGUAAAAUAAUUAAUGAUGGGGGAUAAUUUCAGGCUUUGCCCGCUGAGGAAGUUCUUGAAUCUUUAUGAAUAGACAAACUGUCUGCACAAUCAAAAAUGAAAGUUAGAAUCUUUCACCCCUCCUACUGUUGUCAACAAAAAAUACCAGUAUAUGUAGUGAAAAAACGAUUACUGGUAGAUGUUUAAGUUUAGAAAUUUAAUGUCUCUAAUAUUGUAAGUCUAAUACAUUUGAACUGUAUAAAUUAGAUUUUAGGUGUCUGUCUUUGCCUUCAUAUUGUGAUAUGGAUUAAUUUGUGUAAUCUCAAAAAAGCAUUGUGGAUAUCAUGUCUAAGGUAAAAAGUGAACUCUGAUUUAUAUAUAGAGAGAGAUCACUUUUUAUAGUUAAAAUAUAUAAUUUAUACAAUGCACACCAGUCAAGCCAUAAGACUUGCUUUUCCCACAGAAAUCGCAAAUCUGCAGUGAUGUUACUACUGCAAAGGAUUCUGGGUGGGCAUAUGCAAAUUAGUUUAACAAAGAAUCACAUUUUUGCCUCAUUCCAUUUUAAACAUGGAUUCAUUUGAGUCUGUGUUUGCAGUAUACAACAGCUUUAAUACACAACUAGGAAAAAAUGCAAAGCCAGUGAACCACUCAUGGGCAGCUGUUUCAUUGUUAAUGCAAAGCAUCAGCAUAAGGUUGGUUAUAUAUGUGUUUAUUAACCCCUGGUUCAGUACCCAAAAAUUGGUACACAUGCUGUCUCAGCAAGUCUCUAAGUGAUUGUUAAACACAUCAUGUUAAUGUGCCCUUGACAACAGCCUGCAACCGUUUAUUUUAGUGGCUAUUGCCUUCUCUUGGUAAUGGCAACCUUUCUGACAGUGAGAAAAGUCCAACAAAUGUAUAUUUUCUGGAUAUAUCCAUGGCAGCACUACAGAUGGGUUUAGCUCCGCCCACUUGCAAAAUGGCUGGGAACACCUAAUUAAAAAAUAAGAGGCCUUCCCCUACCCUUCAGUCUUUUUUUCCUGUCCACUUUGGACACAGAAUGCUUUGCACCAACUUUUUCUUUUGUGACUUACUUGGGUCGUACCGCUAUCCUAUGGGAAGUUCAGUGAGAAAAGUCCAACAAAUGUACAUUUAAGUAUUCCUAUCGCUGCCUGGUAAUACCUGAGGCCACCUUAGGUUCCAGUGCACAAGUGCUUUGUGCAGGAAACACAUAUGGAGGUUUGAUCAUGUAAAAUUACUUCUUUUUAUCCUGUUAAUGUGAGCUGUGUGUGUGUAUAUGUAUAUAUUAUUUUUUUGUAAACUACUUUAGUUGUAGACCUUCUUUACUCAGGUUUUUUUCUGAUGGCUUCAGUUUUGUUUGCAUAUAGGGCUCACUGCCCAAGCAUUGCCUGUAUAAAAUUAGGUGGGGUUGCAUCAAAGUGAUUGAGUUCGUUGGAAAAGGUUGUGUUAGCCAAGAAUGUAUGUCAAGUUGAUUGGCAGCCCUUCUAGCCAACCAGCCUGGACUGCUUGCAUGCACAGUGUGACCAUGUUUUAAUGGAUUGGUAGCUCCAGGUUCCCAAAUUGGUACUGUUCUUCUGGAUAUAGGACUCUAGAUAAUUGCCUUUAUAUUUUUAUAUAUAUAUAUAUAUAUAUAUAUAUAUAUAUAUAUAUACACACAUACAUACAUACUCUGAUGGUCAAAGGGCACUUAUUCCACAGAGAAUCAUUUUGUACACAUCAAGGAGUAGCUAAGGUCUCUCUGCUUCUCCCGAUCCUCACAUAUUUCCACUGGUAGUCUAGUACAUAUUGUUUAAACCCUUACACAGUUUGUUAGACAUAAAUGUAAUCUUUCGUAAGAAAGUUGUAUUCCACGUUUCAAUGUGCAUUGGUUAGCUUAUGAUCUCUUGCAUUAUUAGCUUCCUUCUUGCUCUUCAAUGACUGAAACUAAUUUUGUCUUAACUGCUGUUCAUGUACAAAGAAACUGUCAUAGAACUUUCAUUAGAAUACUGAGAAAAGGCUGUACAUGCUAAAGUGCAAGUGGAUUUUGAUAUUCUUUUUACGUAAAAAAAAAAAUGCAUGAAGUAUACUUGAUUAGAAGCAUUCUUAAACCUUUUUUGCUAAACGUCUUUUAACCAAACAACUCUUAACUUGAUGAUAAAGGCAAUCAUCGUUAAUCCUAUUUGAAGAUUAAUCUGUUCUCCUCCCACCUCACCCCAACACACGCACACAUUUUAUGACUGUUGUAAGUUUAAUUACUCUAGAUUAUUUACAUUUAACCUAAUGCCAGAAUGACUGAUGUGUUCCAGUCAUCUUGCACCUUUCAGAUAGUGCAAGAUGAGAUUACUUUGAUUAUGCUUCGAAUACUGUAGUCAAAUAUUUCCUCACAUGAUGUAGUCUAGAAGGAACCUAAAAGUUUCAUAACCUAAAUGUGAAUUUAAAUAUUAAUGUUUCCACCAGUUUUUCUUUUACUCCCAAAUUGAAAGCAGAUUUGGUACACAUUGGACUGGUCAUGUCUGCCAAAGAGGUGUUUGUCCAACUGGUUAUUCAAGAGCUGUAUUUUUGACAAAGUUUUAGGAUUUAUCUAACAUGUAAUCAUAUAUUGUGUUUUACCACCAAGUGUUGUGUGAUGCUUUGUUACAGGGCCUUUAGAAACAUGAUUUAAUUUCAUGUCGCUAUCAAUACGUACAUAGGAUAAUAGUAGUAGCAGUAAUUUGGCAAUGUUAAAGUGUCCAGUUUUACAGUUGGCAAUUUCAUAACUGGCUCAAAAAUAUCAUGGUUUGGUACAGCAGACACUUAUUUCGGGUUAAUUUGUGCAUAAACAAAAAAAUAUAUUUUUGCUUCUCUAACUGUAUGUUGUAUCAAUUGCAGCAUUUUUGGCUAAUGGAUGUCUGUUAUAUGUGUAAGAUGGACAGGUAUUUAAAAGGACACUGUAAACACAAAGCAACUUUAGCCUGAAUUAAGUUGUUUUGGUGCAUGGAUCACUCUCCUGCAAUCUGCUUAACUGUCUGCCGUUUAUGCACUAUUAUUUCUACAGCCAUAGCUAUGCCUCCAUUGGCUGUGGCUUACACAGCUUCCCUACACACUUCUUAAAAAGAAGUGUUCAUUUUCAGACCUAUCUAAGCAGAGUGUGUUGACUUAAGAAUUUCUUGUCUAUUGCUCCAUUAAUUGCCUGCUAGCGGAAAUAAUCUCCUUUGUGAGAUUAGAUAAAGAAGAAAUCAAAUCUUCACAGGAAGAAACUCUUAUUCUUUGAAACCAUUAGUCUUGCGAUAUUCUCAGAGAAUCCCAUUUUGGGAACUGCUCCAUCACAGUGUCAGUACUUCUUUUAUUCAUACAAUUUGUAAUAGAUCCAGCAUUAUUUUAGUAAACUAAUCUCUUAUUUUUGUUUUCAUAGUGCUUCUUUAUGAGAAGUAUUCAGUUGGGACACUGCCUAGCAUGAGCAAGAAAUGUAACUUUGCAAAAAAAAAAAAAAAAGAGGGUGGGUCAGCUUAGCUACAGAGCCUACAAAUGAUGAAGGCGGUUUAAUGUUAAAAAAAAAAUUGCUUCUUUCUUUACUCUACAUUUUCACUUUAAACAACUGUAGGAAUCCCUUUUUAUAUAAUGAUUUCACCACAUGCGCAAAUAACACUACUUUGCAGUAUUUGAUGGAUCCAGGUCCUGGAGUUACGGUUUAGUGAUUACAAACAAUUCCUUCUGAUACUGUUCAUGUUUCAUAAAGCCAUUAUUGUUAAUACAACCUUAUUUUUAAGAAAUCCUCUGCAACACUAGUGCAUGCAUCCUGUGUGGCCAAGUCUCUGGGUAAAAGAGUUAAAGGGGUCUAAUAUUGCAGUGCAGUAAUUUUUAUCCUGGACCAAAGAGAACAGUGUUACCUCAGAUUUAACCACCUGGUUCUGUCAUUGUCGGACAACUAUACAUGUUAAGAUUCCCAUUUGAAGGCUGCUCAAAAGGGCUACAUACAAUGCACAUAUUGUAGAACAGUGACAGGAUGUCACCCAUAUAAAUAUUCUCAAAGCAGAUCAGGUGUCUGAACAGAAAAUUCAUAGCACUCAAUACUUUAAAGUAGGCAAAUGUCUUCAAGGAAGGGAGUUCUGUCCACGAGGUAAAGGCUGCAUCUGUUUGUUUGCGGUGUUAAAUUAUUUUUAUUAAUCUUAUUGAAUUCUGUUCAACAAGGAUAGCGUAUCUUUGGAAGAAUUCAUAUUGGCUUUGUCAGUACCAUCAAGACAUGAAAAUGGAUAAUCUAACUAGUACUUACUCACAGAACAAGGAGAGGAAUGUGAGUUGGAGAAAUGGUCCUAUGCAAGGGUAAUUAAGUGCAGAAUAAGGUAGUCUAAGAGCCUGACAUUUGUUAAAUAGAAUGCUGGGUAUGUAGAAGAUCACAGUGGCUCCAAAUAUCCUCUUGUGGUGUUUAUGCUAGCUUAUAGACCUUUUUUUUUAUAGGUGCAAAAUGAAGUUGUAUAUAUAUUGAGCUCUUUCUAUGUGGCUUGAAAGAAGAACAUUACUCAUAUACUUGGGAAACCCUGAGAUCCAGUUAUAUACCUAGAGGUGGAAUAUCAGAGACAUGUCAACUUACCAUAGUUUUUUCAGCUCUCGUGGAUCAUGGUGUCUCCAAAUACUAUUUGCUAGGGUUUUCUCUCAGCAAGUGGAUGAUUUGUGGCAAGGCCCAACUCAAAAAGGUGUAACAGGUGCAGUAAGAACAGUUAUUGCUGGUUCCAAACACCAGAGGAUGACUCCUGUCAGGACUGUAGGUCUGUGAGUAUCACAAGGAAAAUAUGGGUUGUCAAGGCCUACAUAUACAUCUUAUCUCAGGAUUCCAGUGGUUGCUGCCUUUAGUGCUUCCAUCCACAUCAGGAGAGCAAUAUAGGAAUGCUAGACCUGCAAGGUGGCCACAACUGUAGUGGCAUUUUUGUGUUGUAAGUCCUCAUUCAAAUUUAUACAGCUUCCAGAUGUGUUAAUCUCUUGUCACACAACUAGUUCCUUUGCAAAUGGCUGCCUUGUUUCUUCUGAUUGAGCAUCCUAAUGUUCCCUUUUAGAUGUGAAGGGCUAAGAGAGGGGGCUUUUCAGAUGGAUUUUGCUGGCCUUCCUUAGCCAGUAUACUCUGUAGAGCAUCUGGUCCCCAACACGUCAUUUUAAUAGAAGUGCCUGUUCUUUUCUUCAUAACUUAAAACCAGUUUCAAUGGCAAAAUAUGGAGUAGGAAAGACAGCAGUACUAUGGCUAUCAUUCUCAAAGAUAAGUAUUUGCAAUCUACCUAUUUCACUCCAGAAGAUGUGUAUAGCCACACAUGACCAAUGGCAGUGAAGCAGGACAACUGUUCAUUUUACUUUAAAAAUAAAAUACUCUGUACCUAUUUCUUCUAAGUAUUUCUUUGAAAUAAAUAUAAAGCGGCUCUGUCACUUUCUGGGGUCAUUGCAUAUAGUGACUUGGCCACAUGGUGUGCAGGGGAAGGUAAGUUUUCUACUUCUCUGAAGCAGUCCGUCACGACCACCUCCCUCAGCAUUUGGCGCUUCAUCUGUCAGGAGCCAAUUUCAGUGAUGUACUCUCAUACUUGCAAGAGUACAGCCGUGAGGCCUAUGGAGAGACUACAGGAGCCUCCCUAGUUAAUGCCUUUCCCGCCCACCCCACAGCUGUCAGUAGAGCUCCUUCAGAUGACAGAUGUGUAAAAUUCAGCCCAGAAGCCACUCUUUAUUUUUUUAAUAUUUUUUACAUUUUUAUGCAUAGCAUCAAUACAGACAAGCUCGGGGUGCCCCAACAGCAAUCCUCAAGCGUGUGGUCAUGCAUAACAUUAGGAGCAACAGAGAAAUCAUGCACAUUUUAAAACAUUUUAUAGUACUUGUCUAGCUGGGAGGCAUAUGAGUGGAAGUAUAAGCAAGCAUGAUACUAAUACGAUAUAGACUUCACAUGAGACAUUUGUAUGACAGCGCUGUAAGAAGCAGGAAGAUUAAUGCUUCAGUGGGGCUUGCUUAGAGUGCGUACUCUGACAGGAUAAGAUGCCUCUGUAUGUGUAGGAGAGUGAAAUAAACAUGCUUAACUGAAAUAAAAAACGAAUAACAUGAUGGUAUACUUUAGGGUUUGACCGAUUAUCGGUCUGGCCGAUAUCAUCGGCUGAUAUUCAGUAUUUUUGGCAAUAUCGCUAUUGGCCUAUAGAGAUACUGAUAUUGCCGAUAAUACAUACCAGGAGGUCCUGAAGGGCCCAGCAAGCUCUUACUUACCUUCCCAGCAGCUCCCUUCAGCCCCCCCUGUCUAAAUCUCGCGAGUCCUGCGGCUGUCAGAGCGUUGCCACGGGCUACCAUGGCAAUGCUCCGCGCGGCACGCAGCCCACGACAUUUACACAAGGGAGCUGCUGGGAAGGUAAGUAAGAGCUAGCUGCAGGCCCCCACUGCACAACCCAUGCCACCGGACUACCAGGGAAUGCUAUAUCCCACUCUCUGGCCAAGUUAGAGAUUUUUUAAAUAUUAAAACUUUUUUUAAUAAAAAUUACAUACCUACAGAAACACACACUACACAAAAAUACACAAACACACUCUGCAUUCAUUAUAAACACACACACACACACACACUCUGCAUUCAUUAUAAACACACACACACACACACACUCUGCAUUCAUUAUAAACACACACACAAUACACCUUACCCAUUAUGCAAAACACACACACACACACUCUCUGCAUUCAUUAGUAAACACACACACACACACACUCUGCAUUCAUUAUAAACACAUACACACACACACUUCUAUUCAUUAUAAACACACACACACACCCUGCAUUCAUUAUGUCAACACACACACACACCCCCUCUGCAUUCCGGCCAGUAAACACACACACACCCUCAUUCAUUAUGCAACACACACACACACUCUCUCUGCAUUCAUUAGUAAACACACACACACACUCCCCUUGCAUUCAUUUAUAAACACACACACACACACACACACUCUGCAUUCAUUAUAAACACACACACACACACACUCUGCAUUCAUUAUAAACACAAUAACACACACACACCUGCAUUCAUUAUAAACAUAAUACACACACACACACCCUCUGCAUUCAUUAUAAACACACACACACACACACUCUGCAUUCAUUAUAAACACACACACACACACACACUCUGCAUUCAUUAUAAACACACACACACACACACACACACUCUGCAUUCAUUAUAAACACACACACACACACACACUCUGCAUUCAUUAUAAACACACAUUCACUAUGCGCGCACACAGCUCCCCUGUCUAAACACACUGCAUCCACUACAUGUGGCAUGCAUAUUUUGUGCAUUUACCUUUUAGAAAUAGUUUAUUUUUUCAAAAUGGUAAAUGUACAGAACAUCAGUAAGUUAUCGGCUAUCUGCCUGAAAGUUCACAGAUUAUCGGUAAAUAAAUAUUGGUCGAUCCCUAGUAUAUGUUAUGACUAAAGGUAGGCACAUCAGUGGUUCUCAGGCAGUAAGAGAUGUGUGGAAACAAACCGCCAUUGGUAGCUAAUGCCUCCACCCACCUCUUCCCCCUGCAGGGAGUGUGUAGUGUGUGCAUAGUGAAUGCAGUGUAUUUGUGUAGUGUGUGUGUAUAUAAUGAAUGAAAACACUGCAUUCACUAUGCACACACUAUUCACACAUACUCUGCAUUCAUUAUAUACACACUACACAAACACGCACUGCAUCCACUAUACACACACAUUCUUGAAAAGAUAAAAAAUUCUGACUGGCAUGUAUAUUUUGUGCAUUUACCUUAAUAAAGAUAAACCUGUUCAGUUAACGGUAGAUUUGUGUAGAAAAAGUUUUUUUUUUUUUUUUUUAACUUGCCUGUAUUCAGACAUAAUAGGUAACACUUGUCUAGCUCAAUCAUCACCAUAUCUGUGGAGAAUAUUAAUGUUAAAUGAAUGUUAAGUAAUAUUGGAACAUAAAAAUAAAAUAAAUAAACCUGUUCAGUUAACAGUAGAUUUGUGUAGAAAUAUUUUGUAAUUUUUAAAAAAAUUUUAACGGUAAAUGUACAUAAUAUCGUUAUCGGCUAUUGGCCUGAAAGUUCACAGAUUAUCUGUAUCGUCUCUUAAAAAAAAUAAACAUUGGUCGAUCCCUAGUCAAUUUAACCCCUUCAGGACGAAGUCAAUAGUACACGUUCUGAUCAAAACAAAACGUAAACAAAAACUGGAAUUUGCGCUAUAUGUCUGUUCAACCGUAAUUAACCUCUUUCAUAUUAAAUGCAGCCACACUUAUUAUAUAUCAUUUUGUUCAGGAGAAACAGGGCUUUCAUUUCAUAUCAAAUAUUUAUAUAUGAAACAUAAUUUAUUAUAAAUAAAAUUUUUAAAAACUGUGAGAAAUUGUAAUUUAAAAAAAAAAAAAAUUGUAGUUCCGCCUCACAUUUUAGCUGUAAAUGUCAUAAUACUGUUAGGUUUUACUGCAAAACAAUGCACAUAUUUGUAAUCAGCUGUGUCUCACGAGUACAACAGUACCCCCAUUAACAGGUUUUAUGUAGUGAUGUCGCGAACCGUUUGCGAACUUGCCGCGAACGGUUCGCCACGAACUGUUCGUGGCGAACUCCGGCUGACACAUCCCUGCCAAUCUCCGGCAGACCCUCCCUCCCAGACCCUCCUACUUCCUGGACAGCAUCCAUGUUGAAGCUGCCGUCAACAUGGAUGCUGUCCAGGAAGUAGGCGGGUCUGGGAGGGAGGGUCUGCCGGAGAUUGGCAGGGAUGUGUCAGCUGACCGGAGUCGCGGCAAGUUCGCGACAUCACUACAUAAAACCUGUUAAUGGGGGUACUGUUGUACUCGUGAGACACAGCUGAUUACAAAUAUGUGCAUUGUUUUGCAGUAAAACCUAACAGUAUUAUGACAUUUACAGCUAAAAUGUGAGGCGGAACUACAAUUUUUUUAAAUAUAUAUUAACAAAAUACAGUUAGAAUGAAAUUACAUAUGAAUAUAUAAUUUAUAUUAAAUUUUGUUUCAAUAUUUUAUUUAUUGUAAUUAUAAGUGUGUGUGUAUAUAAUAUAUACAUAUUAUAUAUGUAAUGUCAUUCUAAGUGUAUUUUAAUAUUAAUAUAUAUGCUAAUUAGUAUUAAAAUACACUUUGUAUGACGUUAUAUAUAUAUAUAUAUAUACUUUUAAUUUAUUUUUAAACAUGUUUAAUUUUUUAUUUUUUAUUUUUUGCUACUUCCCACCAGCAGGGGGACUGUCUGAUAUCUCAGGCAGUCCCCCUGCUGGCAGAUCCACAGCCAGCUAUAGGGGGCCUCACUUGCUGGAGGAGAGCUGCCUGAGCUCUCAGGCAGCCCUCCAGAAGAGGAUCGCAGCGGAGGCAAGUACCGCCGAGGUCCUGGGGGCUUAAGCCGUUACGGCGUUCUAUGCCGCUGCAAUGGCUUUAAAGCCGCGACGGCAUAGAACGCCGUAACGGCGUUAAGGGGUUGAUCAAACAACUGCCCUGGUCAACUUUAAGUGUUGUCAGAACAGAGCUGCAGUGUGGAGAAGCCAUGCAGCUAUGCACGACCCCUGUACAAUGCAUAAUACCCACAGGGUUACUCUCUAAAUUUAAAAUAAAUGGCAGAGAAUGGAGCAGUGAAUCCGGAGAGGCAUGGUCUAUACACUAAAACUGCUUCAUUAAGCUAAAGUUGUUUAGGUGACUGCAGUGUUCCUUUAAACCAUUUUGACCAGCUUAAAGCAGCUGUCUUGUGUGGUCUUUAAGUGACAAACGGGAGUAUAAUCAUUAAUGGGAUACUCUGCACUAUGCUCAAUUCAAUGACAUGAAAUGGUUAUAGAACCUACAGUACCCUGGCAUUGUCCCUCCAUUCAGCAUUUGAGAAGUUUAACACUGAAUGGGGUUCCCUGGCUUCCAGUAGUUCUACACUCACAGGGGGUGUGGCUAAGGCCACAAUUACACACUUCCUUUCAGCCAUACCCAUUCCCACGUGUUAUAGGCUGAAACUGGUCAGCUGACAGUCAACAAUUGUUGCUCAGGCUAAUGCUUCCUUUUAGUCCAAGCAGCACAGAGGUGAUUAAAUGCUGGGAAUUUUUGUUUGAUAUUAAACAUAAAAUAUGGUUUAACACUUAAUGAAAUGACCAAGUCAGGGUACUCCAUAUACUACAGUAUAACAAAUUAAAUUCGAUUAAGCUGUUAGUGUCUACAGUAUCCCUUUUAAAGCUUAUAUUCUUUUUGAAUGAGAGCAGAUCUACUUUUGGCCACAUUGUGUUGUAGACAGUGACAAGAUUCUCUGUAUAGUUGGAUAGGUGUUUUUUAUAUUUAUAAAAAAAAAUAUAUAAAAACUGCACUUUGGAUUGUAUUUCAUUUAAAAAAAAAAAACCAACUCUGACACAAUGCAAUAAAUAAUUAGAGAAUCAAAAUUUCAAAUAAAGUCUAUUUACAAAACUCCAACUAGUUAAUGCAGCUGCAAUAUGAUUGCUAUUAAUUUGAGCAGUCUGUUUGUAUCAUCCUUUGAUUAUGAUGAUUGAAAUUGCUGUAUAAAGAUAAACUACUUUUCUAAUAACCUGUUUCCAAAGUGAUUUUUUUUUUUUUAAUACCCAUAUGUGCAUUAAAAAUAUAUAUGGAUCGUGAGAGGGGCCUGAUCGCUGACUGGGAAAGUCGCAUGUAGCAUGAGCUCCUCAGAGAAAACUUAGGUACAAGCCUAAUACUGGACAGUUGUAACCCAUUCUAGACCACAAACCGAUUACUAACCUGUUGGGUGACUGAACUGCUUCUGUUUGACACCGGUGGACAUUAAUUCAUGAAGGGCCUCUCUGUUUCUGAGUCUUAUGAGCCGCCAUCACAAGGCAAAGCUUUUCCCACUCGGCUACCGCGUGGCAUCACACAGACCCAGGAGACCAGCACAAAGGGCAAACAAGCGCCGCAGGCACAGAAUGCGCAACUGCUCCUGCUCAUCUGUACUACAUGGCAUCAGGUGCCAUCUCUCAGACCCCAGCCUGCCCACUCAAAGGAUUGCGGCGCUAGGUACACGGGACCAAGAGAUUGCAGGCACAAGCCACAGCUGCCAGACACGAUUGCACACAGGGAAGCACCCUGCUGACUGGCCUGGGAGCUGGGGCCCAUGUAGAAGGCCCUAUCAGUAUGAAUGGACUGUGUGUCUCUUCCACUACAGGAGUUAGCUAUGACCAUAAUCCCUAUCCAUAGCAAGGCUGUGUUUCUAUCAUCCAUGCAUGGUUUCAUAUACGCUUUAUUUCUUACUCUGCUCAUACUGAAAGUAUUAUUUAUUUAUAAAAUAUUUUACCAGGAAAGAUACAUUGAGAUUUCUCUCGUUUUCAAGUAUGUCCUGGGUCCACAAAUCAUUGCAUUUUUACAUUAGGUAUGCUGAAGUCUAUCUUAUAUCGCCCAGUGGUAUUUUCCUGAUGUUUGUCAUAAGUUAUAAAUUAUCUUGUCUCUCCUACUGUUAUAAUCGGAUAGAACUGUGUUCUAGAUGUCCUUUCCUAAUAUAAAACUUGUAGCCUACUGUUUACAAAUAAGCAUGGUUUACCUUUACAAAAACUGUGCAGUUACUUAGACGUAUACGUUUUUAUCUCCUCUUGUUAAUUGAACUUAAAUCACAUACAGGAGGAACCAUAGGGCUCUUGCAGGUCAUUAACAGAGAAGGAUAUUUGGAAUUAAUUAAACUAAAUUGAUUAUUUGGGGCUUCAUUCAGUCUGAAUUCCUAGCUAUUCUUACUUUAGUGAAUAACCCUGUAGAUCUCUGUACAGGAAAUGUGUAGGUAGACUGUAUAGGUCACAUGAAGGGAGGUGUGACCAGGGCUGCAUAAACAGUGAUUUAGCCCCUUAAUGGCAGAGAAUUAGGCAGUGAGACUGCAGAUGCAUGAUCUAUACACAAAAACUGCAGUAAGUCAGAAUGGUUUUGGUGCCUAUUGUGUGUGUGUGUGUGUGUGUGUGUGUGUGUGUGUGCUACUCAUUGUUGUCACUUUAAUACUUCUUUAGUGUCUGGUUUCUAAGUUAGAUACUUACACUGCCCCCAUGGAGUUUAAAAUAUGAUUUUACUUAACGUGUCUCCCUCGCCGUGGCUGGCCCCAUCUCCAUGGCUGAGAUCAUAAAUUAGAAAGCUUUGGGAGGUUAUUAGGCAUGCUUGGCAAAACGCAGCGUUGUGCCAGUUUCUCCUCGUAGAGGUGCAUUGAAUCAAUGCAUCUCUGUGGGGAUAAUUUCACAUCUCCACUCUGCUGAACGUAGGUGCAACAAAUCUUGAUAGAAUCACUUUUAACUGCAGCUUUGACUGUUAGUUCUUUUCUUUUUUUCUUUUUUUUUAACAUUGUGUUUAUUGUAUUUUUCACCUUCUAUAUCUGGUUUUACAGAGAAGAGACAGUUGUUAUACAAGCCAUCAUAUACAUGUAUACUAUGCGUCGUGUCCAUUUGUGUGCUGCACAUAGCAGGUUUCUUUCUAAGUUUCCUUUUGUUGGGGGUUUGGGCGCAGUUGUGUUUUGCGCAGGUUCUGUCCGUCGGUUUAUUGGCUCAGGUAGCGUGUUAGAGGGUGCAUUUUACAAAAACGGUAAAAAACAGUAAAACAGUGUGAUAUGAGUACCAUGUGUACUGACAUAUAAGUACCAAACAUAAUGUUAGUUUGUUUUUUAAGGCUCUGUAUAUGCACUUUUUCGUAGCAACAGACAACAAAUAUUUUUCCGUAACACACAAUUACAGAAUAACUUGCAUUGUCUUAUAGAUACACCACCUUCAUUUUUUUUAUUUUUUUUUAUGUAUUUUUGUUUCAAGGUUUGCUGAUCGAAUGUCUAUUGAAAUGAAUUGCCCCUACCCAUAUAUAUGUUGCUUUGCCCUUUUUUUGCAUCAAUGUACAUCAUUCUAGCAUCUCCAGAUCGUGCUGCUUGCGACCAUCCUCUCUGUGUUUAGUUUUGAACCUAUUGUUAUGUCACAUUUCAUGAGGAGAUUGUGUGUGGGAGAGAGAUGGUUUAGGGGUCGUAAUACUGUGUUCUUCUAUAAGGUAAUUCCCAUUGCUCUUUAGAGUGCCCUGGGGAAAAAAAGGAACUUGGCAAAUGGACAAGCAUGAAUGACAGGUGUUAAAAUUCUUCUUUAGCUGAACAGACCAAUCAUUUGUCAUUUUACUUUCCAGGAGCUUGAAGAGAUCCGCAAAUCUGGGCUGAAAAAUUUCCGUAACAUACAGGUGGAUGAAGCCAAUUUAUUGACCUGGCAGGGACUCAUCGUUCCAGUGAGUAUAACAUUGGCAUUGAGGACUUUGUUGAAUGAUGCAGGCGUCUGUUUAAUUAUUUUUAAUUCAUCCCCCCCCCAAGUUUCCAAUCACAAUGCAGAUAAAAUUCAGAAAUUAUUAAACACCUUUGUUUUAUUUACUUGCCUGUAUUCAGACAUAAUAAUGGGUAACACUUGACUAGCUCAAUCACCACUAUAUCUGUGGAUAAUAUUAAUGUUAAAUGGAUGUUGAGUAAUAUUGACCACAGGUUCAAAAUGGUCUACGCUGCUUGCAGCGUGACCAUGGGAAGUAGUUAAAGGACCACUAUAGGCACCCAGACCACUUCAGCUUAAUGGAUUAACCCUUUUUUUUUUUUAUUAUUUUUUUUAUUAUAAACAUAGCAGUUUCUCUAAAACUGCUAUGUUUAUAAUAGGGUUAAUCCAGCCUCUAGUGGCUGUUUCUUGAAAGCCGCUAGAGGCGCUUGCGUGCUUCUCCCUGUGAAAAUCACAGUGAGAAGACGCCAGCAUCCAUAGGAAAGCAUUGGAAAUGCUUUCCUAUGAACUGGCUGCGUGCGCAGCUCCUGCUGCGCAUGCGCAUUCAGCCGAUGACGUCGCUAUGGAGGAGAGCUCCCCACCCGGCGCUGCAGAAAGGUAAGAUUUUAACCCCUUUCUCUUCCCAGAGCCCGGCGGGAGGGGGACCUGAGGUUGGGGGCACCCUCAGGGCACUAUAGUGCCAGGAAAAUGAGUGUGUUUUCCUGGCACUAUAGUGGUCCUUUAAAGUAGUAGCUGCUCUCAGGCCAAAUGGCCAACAAUUCUUAGCAUAUGGUUGCACAUUUGGAGCUGCAGGGUGCCUCGUGCAGUUGCCUGUGGACUCCAUAUUUGUAGUCUUUACCACAAAGGCCAGGAACAUAAAGGAUUUCCUGACAGGCAUUAUUUGAUAAAUUGCAAAUGGGCAGAAGAACCAGAAGAGAAAGGAAGUGGGUUUAAGAGGCCCUUAGCUCAUUACCUAUUCUCAAAGCAUGCAAUUGCCUGAUCCCCCUGGAGUAACCCCAUUUCUGUUGUCAACAAACAUCACCCAAGUGGCCACUUUUUUUCAAAAUGUGGUAGGCUCCCUCAAACAAACAGCACUAAACAUACUCACAGGCAUUGGUGAUCCAUAUAACACUCAUUGAGGCGGAGUUCCAAUUUACCCAUGGCUAGUGGGUGUGUUGAAAUGUUGGCUGGAUAUACUUUGCAUUGUUUAGCUGAUAUCAGCCAGCCACAGAACAGCAGGAAGUGCAACAUGUGCCCAGCUCUGUGAGCUGUAUAAAAAUUUGCACUUUUAUUUUCUUACAGGAUACCAUAUGUAGCUCAAAGAAAGGUCCGUAAUAACAGGCAGACAUUAUUUAGAUAACUGUACAAUUGGUAGUACUAGGAGUUACCUGAUGAUCGGUUCCAUAAGAAAACACUGAAAAGGUUGGGUUGAAGGGGUUGUGUGUGUUUUUUUUAUUUUUAUUUUUUUAAUCUCAAAGCUAUCGCUAGCAGAGACGUUUUUAUUUCUUCAAGUGGACAGUCUGCUCGAGCAGUUGAGCUGUAGAUGUUUCAUGAAGAUAAUUAUCACAUCCCCUACUGUUCACUCAGAACAACUCAAGUUGCAGUGUAUCAGUUCCAUGACAUUCUGCAGUGCUUUCAGAUGGUUCUCAAUUUAUUAAGUAUAAAGCAUAUAAUUCCUAUGAAUAGCAGUUUCAUUGUGCAGAUUUGUUUCUCCUUUAUUGCUCAUGUUGCUGGGAUAUUAUUGUGAAUCAUAAAAAUCAUUAAUGUAACAUCAUGUACUAUAUCAAUACCUUUGAAAAAUGCCAUUUUGAGAGGAUGCAGCUAAAGAGGUGGUAUAUGGCAUGUCAUCUUCAAGAACCCAAGAAUUGUAUUUUUUAAAAUGUUUUUACAGUCUGGUAUAUUUUUACUUUCACACUAUUUUGAGUGAUUUUGCAUCAGAAUACAGUUGACCCAAAGGUUACGCUCACUGCACUAGUGCUGCUGCAUGAUCACGGAGCUUAACACAGGUAACGACUGUUAUAGCUGUUUUGAAAAAUACACCGUAACAUUUAGCAGUUGUGAGUACUGCUGGUUCAGCCACAGCCGCAGUAAAUAUUUCUGUUAGUUUCUGGCUGGUGACACGCAGGAGUCUGGCAGUUGAGUGUGAUCUUUUGUCCUAUGUCAGUUUGUUCUGACCAAGAUAACUUAGACUUGCUGUGCAGGCAGGGGGGAAAGGGAGUUAGAAGAAAAAAAAAUUUGAUAUAUAUAUACAUAUAAUUUAUUUUUAUGUGUAUAUAUAAUAUAAAUAACCCCUCCCCCCCAUCCUUAUUAUAGGACUAUAAGAUGCCACAAAACCAUAAAAAUGUGAGGUUUUUUAUUUAACCUUUUGACUGGUGUCUUCUAUUCACAUUUACAGUUGUUGUCUUAAUUGCAAAGUACACUGAAAUCCCACAUCCAUAAAACCCUUGCAUUACUAGCUGACAACAUACCGACUCUUGCAAUGCAUAUGUUCUGAAUCUCACAAUGUCGUAUGUCACUCUAGGACAAUCCUCCAUAUGACAAAGGUGCUUUCCGGAUUGAAAUUAAUUUCCCAGCAGAGUACCCGUUCAAGCCACCUAAGAUUACAUUCAAAACAAAGAUAUACCAUCCGAACAUUGAUGAGAAGGGCCAGGUAUGCCUGCCAGUGAUCAGCGCUGAAAACUGGAAACCAGCAACCAAAACUGACCAAGGUAAGACUCAUGGAUAUGCUGUAAGGAUGUAAGAACUAUCCAUGGUUGUUAGAAGUACUUAGAAUUCUGGAAGUCUAUGCUACCAUCUUCCAUUUAUAGUCCAUAAGUUCACUGAUCAGCCACAACAUUAAAACCACCUCGCUCAUGCUGCCAAAACAGCUCUGAUGCGUCAAGGCAUAGACUCCACAAGACGUCUGAAUGUGUUCUAUGGUAUCUGGCACCAUUACAUUAGCAGCAUAUUUAUUGCAAGGUGGGGCCUCCAUAGAUUGGUUUUAUUUUUCCAGCACAUGCAACAGAUCAGUCGGACUAAGAUCAGGGAAAUUGAAAAGUCAAGACAACCCUUUUUCCAUUGUUACAUGGUGCUCAUGUACCCAUUGAUGGUGUUUUCAGUGGUGGACAGGGAUCAUUAUGGACAAUCUAACUCAGGCUUCCCCAAACUAUGGCCCUUCAGAUGUUGCCGAAAUACAACUCUAAUGAUUCUCAGCCUAUCUAGUUCAUUCAUAGAAUCAUGGGAGUUUUAGUUCAGCAACAUCUGGAGGGCCGGAGUUUGGGGAAGCCUGCUCUAACUGGUUUGCAGCUCUAUACGCAGCAAACUUUGAUGCAUUCUGUGUUCUGACACCUUUCUAUUGUGGCCAUUUUUACUUUUUCCUGCAAGUUGAGCUACAGUAGCUCUUCUGUGUGAUCUGACCAGAUGCAUCAAUUUGAGCUACAGUAGCUCUUCUGCCUUCACUCCCCAAGGUGCAUCAAUGAGCCUUGGAUGCCCCUGACGCAGGUUCACUGGUUGUACUUCCUUUUACCACUUUUUGUAGAGUCUAACGCUGCAUACUGGGAACACCCAGCAAGAUUUGCCAUUUGGGAGAUGCACUGACUCAGUCGUCUAGCCGUCACUAUUUGGACUUUGUCAAAGUCACCCGUUUUUUUUUCUUGCCCUUUUUUUGAUGCAUUGUGUGUUUUUACAGUUUUCAAUCAAUUAAUUUUUUUCAUCGGUAGCUCUUCUGUUUGAUUGCAACGGAUGGCUAGCUUUCACUCCCCACAUGCACCAAUGAGCCUUGGGCGCCCCUGUAUGUUCACCAGUUGUACUUUCUUGCAUGUGGGAUUCAAGAACAGACUGUUCACUUGCUGUCUGAUCUAUCCCACUUCUUGACAGGUUCCAUUGUAACAAUAUAAUCAAUGUCAGUGGUUUUAAUGUUCAGGCUGAUCAGUGUAAAUGGAUAAAUCAAUCACUGUGUAAUUUUAUUGCUUAAAUAUCUUGUAUUCCAUUUUACUACAACUAUAGUAAAAAAAUAAAACUUUAAAACAUUGCAAUUCCUGCAACAGUGAGUGUUUGUUUUGUUUUCCUCAGAUUGUGAUUGUGAAUUAACCCAUUUCCCCAAAUAGAACACUCAACGUGGCCUAUGUUUUCGUUUAAUCAUGCUCUUCUAGACUCUGCUCCCUUAGAAUAUUCGUGAGGAUUUUAUGUUCGAUUUGAUCAUGCACAUUUUUUUUAUUUUAUUUUUUUACAAAAGUGAAUCUAUAUACUAAAUUAUUAUAUUUUUAGUUAUGUUGAUGUUCUAUAUUUAAUUUAUAAGUGCAGUGGGUAUAGAUACAGUUCAAGCCCUGUUUCAUGUUCUGCAACCAGUCUUGGGAUUGUGCUAAAAGUCUUGGGCCCAGAUUGAUAAUGAUCGAGUGAUUGUUUUAAUAAUUUUGCUCUCUGGCAAGUAGGAGUGAUUGGAAUGUUUAAUAUCAGUCAAAUUUGUACAUUGCAAAAAUUAACUUCCUUCACUUAUGCUGUGUUUCUUGUCUCAGUCAUCCAGUCUCUAAUUGCCCUGGUCAACGACCCUCAACCAGAGCACCCACUGCGUGCAGAUCUAGCCGAAGAAUACUCAAAGGACCGUAAAAAAUUCUGUAAGAAUGCCGAAGAGUUUACAAAGAAAUAUGGAGAGAAACGACCAGUGGACUAGAUAUCUGGGGCCAAGUGCCAGUGGGAAAAAAACACACACAAAAAAACACAAACCAACAUGAUUUCAAAAAGCGCAACUGAAGAAUUGGAGUCAGUGAGUUCAGAAUUCCCUCCAUCUCCCCACCAUGAAAAGAAACACGAGGCAGGACUUCGAGGGAACGUGGAACAGUGUCAGAGUCAACCUCGUAGCUUCUGCUAUGCUCUCAGUCAAACUGUUAACUAGAUAAACUUGUAAAGAGGAAGAUUAAAAAAAAAUGUAUGAAAUUGGGAGUAUGGUUCUGCUCUCUGUGUUUAAAAACAACCCCCAACAAAUUAGUUUACUACUUUGCCAUACUAAAACUACCGAAAAAAUGUUCUACAUUUCUGUUUUUCUUAUUGAACAUUUUCCAUGCAAGAAAAAACUUAAUGAUCUUCUUUAGGGUUUCUCGGUAGGUUUGCUAAAAAAUAUAUCUAUAUAAAUAUAUAAUUUUUGUUAUUUUUCACCACCUACUAUAUUUUGGACACUCCUUGACAAGGUCCUACAUGAUUUUAGUCUAUCAGUAUGCCUCCCACAUUAUCCUCUUUUGUGCCAGGGAUGGGUCACACACCUGACAUUAAAGGGUUUACUCAGCUGUCCCAUACAGACCACGUCACGGGGAAGGUAUAGUUUGAACAUUUGGCUCUUAGGUUUCCUUUCUAUCAAUGUUGCACUGUGCUUUGUGGGACUCGGUAAGUUCUCCUUCAGUUUGUAACAUAAAAUAAUAAAAAUAAAAAACGGAAAAAAAAACCAAAAAAAUCUCAAACUGCUGGAAUGAGCCCAUUUUUAAGUAUCUCAGAUAAUGUUUUAUGCAAGAGUAUAUCAGCUUGACUGCUUGAGACUGAAUCUUUCUGGUGUUUUCUUCUAAUUUGUCAAUAUUUGUGCACUGUAAAGGAGAAGUUCUAACAAUAUAAUUUGGUAAUGUCUAUUGUUAUUAGUAGAAUUGGUGGUUUUAUUUAAGGACUAUUCCACACCCUUAAAGCACUUCAUGAGUGAGAAAUAUUCUAUUUAAAGGGCACUUCUCAUAAAAAUCUGUACUUUAAACAUACCCUGUGCCCCCCAGCUGUCAAACAGCCAGGGAGGUUUACUUCUGUUGGCUUCAUCUACUGCCUCCACCUGCGUUCCUACUCCGAGACAUCAGAUCAGUAGUCUUUUUCAAAACCCUGUGCAGUGCGCCUGCAACCAGACACGUGCAGUGGGGGAUCGCUUCAGAGGUUUCUCAUUGAGAAGCCUCUGGUUGUUUCAUGUGAAGAGGCUGAAAAAGUGUAGACUUGCAAAGGCUGCAAUUCAUAAGGAUUACAGCUUUUGCAAGCUCUUUUAAGUUAUAACCCAAUGAAUACAUGCAUGAAUUAAUUUGAGUAUAUCUACUAAACAGGGAUUUUAUAAAAAAAAAAAUUUAAGGUAGAGGAUGUGAUUCCAACAAAACGACUUUUCGGAUAUACAUUCGCUGACCGUUUCACCAGUACAAUGUAAAGGACACUCCAUACCUCCUCAAGCUUUAUAUGGGAGAACUAAUGUGUAUGACCUAACUUGUCCUACUUGCUCACUUUUCCAAUAUGAAUUUCCUGUAACGUUAAUUGAACUCUAAAAUGUUUACUUGUACACGUUUUUUUUUUUUGUUUUGGUUUUUUUAAACCUCCUUUGUAUCACUGCUUGUGGCUGAAUUGCUCAAGUGGCAAUACAAAGAUCCUAAAUAAUUAUUUUAUCUGAAUAUCUUAGUCAGAGUACCAUGGUAAAAGUGGUGUAUUUUCAUUCAUCAGUCAUACUUGGCAUUGUAGGGAAUUAUAUCUGAUAAAGAUAUACCUAUAUCACACAUAGUCACUUUAGAUUCUAACCCACACUCUGUGUUCCAGUAGCAAUGACUAUUCUGUUCAUACAGUGCUUUCUAACCAAAAUAGGCAGGUGGAUUUAUGUGAGCUUAGAUAGACCUAGCUGUUUGGAUAGAUCACAUAGGUGGAUUUAGAUCCUUUCUCAGCUCCAAAUACUGUAUUAAGCGGCAGGUCCUUGUUAAAAGCCAAAGAAAUGUGGAUUUAGGUCUUAUGCAAUCUGUAAAAAUUUAAUGUUUCUUCUGUGAAUGUGGUGUGUGUCUGAGUUAAAUAGAUAGCUGUGAGAAGGUAUGCACUGUAUUUAGUCCUCAGUGAAACCAAAUCCAAAUUGUGAGUCUAUAACUCUUGCUUUCCAUUUGGCCAUUCGAGUUUUGUGUAGGACAACUGAUUUGGCAGUUUUUCAGUGUAGAGGUUGUCGCCCUGAAAUUAAUUUAUUUUUAAAUCUUUUAUAUACACAUAUUGAUGUUAG